GAAAACUAAUAAAAAAGGUGAAAAAAAUAAAAAAUGUAAAAUGGAUACAAAUAAAGUAAUAAAAUAUUUGGAUGGAAAAUUUUUUAAAGAAAGUUUCAAUUCUACAAAUGACUUAGAUAUAUUAAGAGAAUUUAUAAAAAUCUGUAAUGAAAACAAAGAAAAAGAUUUGGCUGCAGAAUAUUUAAAUGCAGGUGGCAAUAUUUUUGAUAUAUUAAAAUUAUUAAAUACAGCAGAUAAAAAAGAAAUGAAUACUGCUAUAAUUGUGUUUUCUGCAAUAAGGAUAUUAAUAAUAAAAAUAUUAGGACAAUAUCCACAAUAUCAAUCUAGUGCAAAAGAGGCAUGUCGUCAUUUGAUUAAUUCAAAUUUAUCAAUAAUUCAUUCAAUGUUAUCAAUACAAAGUAAUGCAAAGCAACAAAAAAUAAUUUUACAAUUACUUGCUGCAAUAGUUUCAUUAGAUUUAAAUCUAUCACGUGAAUUGCUUAUUCAUUUGUCUUUACCAUUAGAAGUUAUUAAGUUUCUUGUACAACAUAGAAAACCUACAGAUAAUCAUAAUAUAAGAAAUUAUUUCAUUCAUUUUAUUAUGGCUUUUUUAAUAGAAGGAAAUGUACCAAUUAUCAGACUUCUCUUGGAUAAACGUGAUUUGUUUUCUAGUAUAUUUUCUGAUUUAAUAUAUGAUUCUAAAGAUAUUGUUAUUUUAAUUUUAAGUACUCUUAAAACUUAUAUUCUUCAUAAUCCAAAUAUUAACAAAACUAUGAAGUUACAAUUAUUUUCAACAUCAAUUAUUCAAAAUCUUAUAUGUCUUUAUAAUUGGAAAGGUCCAAAUAAUCACCCAAAAUUUAAAACUCAAAGUUUUAUGCCAGAAACACAAUAUCUUGAAGAAAAAGAGAUAGUUAUUGAAGUCGUGCAUGAUUUUUUAAUUAUAUUGUUAACAUCACAUCGAUAUGGCAUUAUUUUUCAUGAUUAUAUGCUUGGUACUUCACAUAUUAAACAUAAUAAUAUGGUGAAUAUAGUACUUCAAAGUUUAGAUCGACCUUGGGAAUAUGAAAAACCAUCAAAUUUAGUUAUUAAAAUAAUGGCAGCAUGUCCAGAUUUAAUUAAAUCUCAAUUUGUUUUUUUGGAACCAUAUAUUGAACCCAGAGUAUCAUUGAAAUGGAUUGCAACAAUAAAAUUUAUAAGAGAA